UGCUGCAGGGACUGAUAGAGAGAGGAGACUGGGGGUUAAUCCUGCUGUAGAGAAUGACCAGUACAUACAGACACUGCACUUGCUGUUGGUAUAAUUAUUAUUGUGAGGUGUGAGUCCUGUGAAUCCCCAGAAUUGUCAGGCUAUUACACGGCCACCUAAGCAGGUCCUUCAGCAUGAAUGACUUCACUGUGCAAAUUGGCCAAUUAGGGAGCCUUAAGCAGCAGCACUUUCAAUUCAGUGUAAAAGCUGAAGCUCCCCCUGAUUGGCCAGUUUGUAGAUUGAAGUAGUUUGUGGCCAAUGAGAUUUAUUUUCUCAUCCCUUGUGGCUCCUGUGUCUCCCGUGUAAGCCCACCCCCUCCUGCACAGAACACGAGGCUAAUGCAGAGGAAAGGAAUGAGCUGAGAGCAGCGGAACUGCAACUUCUUACUGACCUGCUGCUUCCCCUAGAUGCAGAAGAUCCCAGAGCAGCAUUAAGCAGCAGAGGUUCCAAGUAAGAGAAUCCAGGGAUUUCUGGGAUUCCUUAGAUCCAGCCAAGGAGCCGUUACAGGUGCAGGACAUAGAAUAAAGCAGAGACACCGUGUGACUCAGGAAUAGGAUAUCAGGUCUCUCAGCAAACCAAAUAGCAGCAGAUCUUCUUGUCUGUCAGUUACAACAAGUCGUAAGACAAAAGAGGCCGAGGUGCAACUUUGUAGCACAAUGGAAUGUGAGCAGCAAGACAACAGUCUUACAGGACAUCAGAAGGUUAUCAAAGAAGAGAAACCUUUCCCUUAUGAAGAAUAUGGCAAAGUCUUCUCUUCAAAUGUGACACUUCUUAUACAUCACACAGAGGAGAAACCAGUUUCCUCUAAUGAAUGUGGCAAAGGCUUUUCUACAAAGCAGAAUCUCAAAAUUCACCAGACAGUAAACACAGGGGAGAAACCCUUCACAUGCUCAGAAUGUGGCAAAGGAUUUACUAGAAAGCAGAACUUCAAAAUUCACCAAGCAGUUCACACAGGGGAGAAACCCUUUAUGUGUACAAAAUGCGGAAAAUGCCUUUCUACAAAGCAAAAGCUCAAUCUUCACCACAUGACUCACACAGGGGAGAAACCAUUCACAUGUACAGAAUGUGGGAAAGGAUUUUCUAGAAAUGAUUAUCUCAAAAUUCACCAGACUAUUCAUACGGGGGAGAAACCUUUCACAUGCAUAGAAUGUGGUAAAGGCUUUUCUAUAAAUCGAACCCUCAAACUUCAUUACAUGACUCACACGGGGGAGAAACCCUUCACAUGCACAGAAUGCAGCAAAGGUUUUUCUACAAAACGUGAUCUUGAAAUUCACCAGACAAUGCACACAGGGGAGAAACCCUUAACAUGCACAGAAUGCAGUAAAGGAUUUUCUACAAAGCACAAGCUCAGUAUUCACCAGAGAGUUCACACAGGGGAGAAACCAUUCACAUGCACAGAAUGCAACAAAGGCUUUUCUAGAAAUGAUCAUCUUCAAAUUCACCAAACUGUUCAUACGGGGGAAAAACCAUUCACAUGCACAGAGUGCAGCAAAUGCUUUUCUAGAAAGGAGCUACUCAAAAUUCACCAAAUUGUUCAUACGAGGGAGAAACCUUUCACAUGCACAGAAUGUGGCAAAGGCUUUUCUAUAAAGCAAACCCUGAAAAAGCACCAGAUGACUCAUACAGGGGAGAAACCCUUAAUGUGUUCUCCUAAACAAUAUUCAAGUAUCCCUGAAUAAAUAGCUGUAAUUCAUUCUGGGUUAUGUGUAUCCUGCACUGCAGCUUUUGUUUUGUAACAAUAUAUCAGAAUUCUACUGUAUGAGGUGCAGUUGUUUACACAGAUAAAAAAAGACCCAAUAAUUAUACAAAAGACAUAUUUUACAUAGUUACAUAGUUAAAUUGGGUUGAAGUCCAUCAAGUCCAACCCUCCAAAUGAAAACCCAGCCCCAUACACACAGCCCUCCCUACUGUCACAUAAAUGAUAUAUACCCAUAUCUAUACUAACUAUAGAGUUUAGCAUCACAAUAGCCUUUGUAUUAUGUCUGUCCAAGAAAUCAUCCAAGUCCCUCUUAUAGUCAUUAACUGAAUCAUCACCCGGCAGUGCAUUCCCCAACCUCACUGUCCUCACUGUGAUGAACCCCCUACUCUGUUCCUUUAAAUGAAACUUCUUUUCCUCUAGUCUGAAGGGGAGGCCUCUGGUACGUGAUUCUCUUUAUGGGUAAAAAGGUCCCCUGCUAUUUGUCUAUAAUGUCCUCUAAUGUACUGUAGAGGAAAAGUCUUGCAGGCCCUGCUUGGCCCCCUUAAUGGAGUGAACAGUUUCUGGGUGCCCAUGAGGCCCUUCUAGAAACUGUUCAAGGUUAUGUGUAACAUCUGUGAGAAGGUUCUUUUUACUGUUAUGUUUUGGUUUCCAGUAACAAGGUGCAAUAGCUUUGAAGCUCACACAUAGUGGUACUCCCUUUAUUUUCACAUAACUAGCUAAUCACACUGACUUGUACUCCUCCUCACUCCCUAUACUCCCUUCCUUACUCCUUUCACAUACCAUUCCCAUGAAGUUCCCCACUAGAGGGUAUAUAAUGUGUGGUUAAUCUUUUGUUUCUCAGUUCUGACCUACUUGUGUAUCAGAACCCAGGGAGCUCGUGUAUGUUUAUUAUAUAAAUAAUAAACUUGGAUUAUUCCUUUUA